CCCAGGAACCUAGAGCCUGGGUGCAGCCAUGGCCAUGCAGAAAAUUUUUGCUCGGGAAAUCCUGGACUCCAGGGGCAACCCCACGGUAGAGGUCGACCUGUAUACAGCGAAGGGUAGAUUCCGGGCAGCUGUCCCCAGUGGAGCUUCCACAGGGAUCUAUGAAGCUCUGGAACUAAGAGAUGGAGACAAAUCUCGCUACCUGGGGAAAGGGGUCCUGAAGGCUGUGGAACACAUCAACAAGACUCUUGGUCCUGCCUUACUGGAUAAGAAACUAAGCGUUGUGGAUCAAGAAAAAGUUGACAAAUUUAUGAUUGAGCUGGACGGAACUGAGAACAAGUCCAAAUUUGGGGCCAAUGCGAUCCUAGGCGUUUCCCUGGCAGUGUGCAAGGCUGGAGCAGCUGAGAAGGGAGUCCCACUCUACAGACACAUUGCAGAUCUGGCAGGGAACCCAGAUCUGGUCCUCCCAGUUCCUGCCUUCAAUGUGAUCAAUGGGGGUUCCCAUGCCGGAAACAAGCUGGCCAUGCAGGAGUUCAUGAUUCUGCCUGUGGGAGCCAGUUCCUUCAAGGAAGCCAUGCGCAUUGGUGCUGAGGUCUACCAUCAUCUCAAGGGGGUCAUCAAGGCAAAGUAUGGGAAGGAUGCCACCAAUGUGGGUGAUGAAGGCGGCUUUGCGCCCAACAUCCUGGAGAACAAUGAGGCCUUGGAGCUGCUAAAGACGGCCAUCCAGGCAGCUGGUUACCCUGACAAGGUGGUGAUUGGUAUGGAUGUAGCAGCAUCUGAGUUCUUUCGCAAUGGGAAGUAUGAUCUUGACUUUAAGUCACCUGAUGACCCUGCUCGGCACAUCACUGGGGAGAAACUGGGGGACCUGUACAAGAGCUUUAUCAAGAACUAUCCUGUUGUCUCCAUUGAGGACCCUUUUGACCAGGAUGACUGGGCCACCUGGACUUCUUUUCUCUCUGGGGUUGACAUCCAGAUUGUGGGGGAUGACCUCACAGUCACCAAUCCCAAAAGGAUUGCCCAGGCCGUUGAGAAGAAGGCCUGCAACUGUCUGCUGUUGAAGGUGAACCAGAUUGGUUCAGUGACUGAAUCCAUUCAGGCCUGCAAACUGGCUCAGUCUAAUGGUUGGGGAGUAAUGGUGAGCCACCGCUCCGGGGAGACUGAGGAUACAUUUAUUGCUGACCUUGUAGUGGGGCUCUGCACAGGACAGAUCAAGACUGGUGCGCCCUGCCGCUCAGAGCGGUUAGCCAAGUACAACCAACUCAUGAGGAUUGAGGAGGCUCUUGGGGACAAGGCUGUCUUUGCUGGACGUAAGUUCCGUAACCCAAAGGCCAAGUGAGAAGCUGGAGGGCCCAGGACACCUGGACAGCCUCAGGCCGUCAGGCCCUUCUUUGUGAAAUAAACACUGAUACCAACCAC